CACUCGCUGCGUUCUCAAUCGAGCUUCAGCGCACUAUAUUCACAGACAAACGAAAUCGCCCCAUUUUUUCAUACCCUUUGAUUCCUCUUCUAUCAGUUUUCUUCUAAUCAUCUUUUUGGGAGUUGCAACUCCUUGACUUUCAGAUUCACUCGACUUCAUUGAUGCUACAUCAAUUUCUGGCUCCACUGUUCGUCACCCAUUCAUAAAACGAUUCUCUCUACACUUCGAGGGUUUUGAUGCAUUUGAUUCAUAUUGUUUCAAGAAUUGGUGGGAUUUUAAGUUAAAGAUUAGGAGAUGGCUUGGUUUAGUGGGAAGGUCUCGCUAGGGAACUUCCCUGAUUUUGCGGAAGCCGUUAGCAAGAUCAGCGAAGGGGUUAAGAGCAUCGAGAAGAAUUUUGAUAACGCUCUCGGGUUGGAAGAGAAUCCCGAUGGUGCUUCUUCCACUUCUGCAGCUUCAGGGUUAUGGUCGACGGAUAUAAUGUCAUUUAUGGGUCAGCAAGAUGAGGAUGGUGUUAUCGAGUCGUCAGAAGAUCUUGAAACUUCUGAAAAACACGAAUCUUUAGAAAAGCUUGAAUCUCUAGGAAAGCACGAAUCUUCAGAAAACCAUGAAUCUGCAAGUCUUCAAUCCUCUUUUAGGGAAAACGAAAUGACGGAGGCUGAUGAUCAAGCAAAUCUAGAAACCUUAAAGCCUGAAGAGCAUCAGGGUCAGCCAUUGGAAACGAAUAAUUUAGUUUCAGAGGAAGCGGAAAAGUUGGCAGAAACAAAUAUUGCACUUCCUGAAGGAGAUAGUAUCACUGAAAAGCCCGUGGGAUCAAAUAUUGGAAUAUCUGAAGAGGCGACCACCGCCACUAAUAAUGAAAAUGAAGUGGAAGCCAGUUCAAUAGCAGAAUCGAGUGUUAAUCAUCCCGAUCAAUUAGAGUUUCCUGACCAUACCCAUUACAAAGAGAGCCCGGAAUUUGGUUUUUCUGAAGAUCUUGGAUUAACGAAACUCGAGUCAAGAAACUCUGAAGAUCAAGUAUUUGGUGAUGGCCAUCAGCCAAAUGAGGUGGACGAUGGUAUUGAUUUGCAGAAGACUGAAGAAGAGACCAUGCGGGAAGUUUCGGGCCAAAGUGGACAUGAAACACAUCGAAAUGAAGCUCAAUCUGACACAUCUGAUGAAGUGGGUGUAAAAGUUUCGGAUGAUUCCCCUGAGAUGGUUCUUGAAGUGGUUAACACGUGUGCAAAAGUUGAGAUAGUUGACGAGCUAGCUAGUGAACAUGAAGCCGAUAAAAAAGAACAGAGCUUAGGAAGCAAUUUGUCUGAUGAUGCAGGUUCAGUGGUUGAGCUCGAGAAGGUGAAGAAAGAGAUGAAAUUAAUGGAGACUGCACUUCUAGGAGCUGCUAGACAAGCUCAGGCAAAAGCUGAUGAAAUUGCAAAGCUGAUGAAUGAGAAUGAGCAGCUGAAGUCUGUUCUUGAAGAUCAAAAGAGAAAAUCAAAUGAAGCUGAAAUCGAGUCUUUAAGAGAAGAGUAUCAUCAAAGGGUCUCAACUCUUGAAAGAAAGGUUUAUGCUCUCACAAGGGAAAGAGAUACUCUACGUAGAGAGCAAAAUAAGAAGAGUGAUGCUGCUGCUCUUCUGAAGGAAAAAGAUGAAAUCAUCACUCAAGUAAUGGCAGAAGGUGAAGAGCUGUCAAAGAAACAAGCUGCUCAAGAAUCUCAAAUAAGGAAACUACGUGCGCAAAUCAGAGAGUUUGAAGAAGAGAAAAAGGGAUUGAUAAUGAAGCUACAGGUGGAAGAGAACAAGGUAGAGACUAUAAAGAGAGAUAAAGUGGCUACCGAGAAGCUUCUUCAAGAAACUAUAGAAAAAAACCAGGCUGAACUUGCAACUCAAAAGGAAUUCUAUACGAAUGCGUUAAGUGCAGCCAAAGAAGCCGAAGCGUUAGCGGAGGCACGAGCAAACGAUGAAGCCAGAAGUGAACUAGAGAGCCGUCUGAAGGAAGCUGCUGAACGUGAAGCUAUGCUAGUUCAAACUCUAGAGGAAUUAAGACAAACACUAAGCAGAUCGGAGCAGCAGGCGGUUUUUAGGGAAGAUAUGCUAAGGAGAGAUGUUGAGGACCUUCAAAAACGAUACCAGGCAAGUGAGCGUCGAUGCGAAGAGUUGAUUACACAAGUUCCUGAAUCUACUAGGCCUCUUCUGAGGCAAAUCGAGGCUAUUCAGGAAACAACUGCUAGAAGGGUAGAAGCUUGGAAUGCUGUGGAGAGAUCACUAAACUCACGGCUUCAGGAAGCAGAGGCCAAAGCUGCAGGUUCAGAGGAAAGAGAGCGUUCUGUUAGUGAACGAUUAUCCCAAACACUAUCUCGCUUAAAUGUUCUUGAAGCUCAGAUAUCGUGUUUGAGAACUGAGCAAACGCAGCUAACGAGGUCGCUUGAGAAGGAAAGACAGAGGGCGGCGGAAAGUAGGCAAGAUUAUCUGGCGCUAAAAGAAGAGACAUAUACUCAUGAAGGUCAUGUGAAUCAGCUUGAAGAAGAGAUACGAGAACUCAAGAGGAAACAUAAGCAAGAGCUGCAAGAAGCAUUGACUCACCGUGAACUUCUGCAGCAGGAUAUAGAACGUGAAAAAGCAGCCCGUUUGGAACUAGAAAAAACGGCUUCUGCUGUUCCAGAGCAAAAUCCUAUAGCUAGAACGAAGUCGAGCUUUGAGAAUGGGUUGAGUCGUAGACUCUCGAGCGCCGGAAGUUUGAGUAGUAUGGAGGAAAGUUUUUAUUUGCAGGCAUCGUUGGAUUCGUCUGAUAACUUUUCAGAACGGAGAAAUCUUGGAGAGUCUACGUAUUAUUUAAAGAGCAAAACACCAAAUGCAUUUGAGGCUGCCCUUCGACAAAAGGAGGGCGAACUUGCAUCUUAUAUGUCUAGACUGGCAUCCAUGGAAUCGAUUCGGGACUCUCUAGCUGAGGAAUUGGUUAAAAUGACCGGGGAGUGUGAGAAGUUACGGUCAGAAGUGGGUGAGGUGGGUGGCUUGAAGGCGGAGCUAGAAGCGUUAAGAAAGAGGCACUCUGCUGCGCUGGAGUUGAUGGGUGAACGGGAUGAGGAGCUUGAAGAGCUUCGAGCCGAUAUUGUGGACUUGAAGGAGAUGUACAGAGAACAAGUAAAUAUUCUUGUAAAUAAGAUUCAGGUGUUGAGUUCAUCAAUUGCUGCUGGUGCCUGAGAGUGUUCAUUUCUCUAUCUUGUAGCUGAAAACUACUAGUAGAAUGUUUGGUGAAAGAUCGUUUAUUUUGUGAUAUGAUUUUUUGUAAUUUCAAUUGAUUUUAAAAAUUGCAGAAUAAUAAUAUUAAUAUUAAUAGAAAAUGAA